GACAACAUUGCUAUCAUUCACUACCAUUGCUUGCCCAAGCAGGCAGUGGAUAUCGCAACGGUGAAAACACUAGAUCUGAAAUCUACUCUGUGCAGGCCCCUCAUCGUUCCCGCGACAUCGAACCUAGCACUCAUUUCACUGUGCGCGACGUGGUUGGGCUGGUUCGCGCGUGAUGAGUCUGAUAGUGCGCAACCGUUUACUAGUCUAGAAGCCAGUACAACAACUUCCUUCGCGCAGGGCCCUUUAAGAAAGGAGGGAUUACCGUGCGUAAUAGCAUCCCAGUUGAGCUUCAUAGUAUCCACUAUCCAGCCAUGUCAUCCGAAUCCGACUCAGGGAGAGAGAUCGAAGUCAGGCCAGACAGCCUGCAAGAUGCGGUUGAGCAUUUCGAAGCAGUUGCGUUUGUGCCUGCCAAGCACCGCUACACGGACGCUGGCCAGUUGGCCAAAACAAUAGCCACGCGCGCAUACGAGAGCGGAAUCCCCCAGGCUGCUCUCGAGCGACUGCUCAAGGUGCUCACGACCAGUAAUGCGCUCGACCAAGGAACAACCACCACUUUGGUCAAAAACCUGUACCCCUUGGAGAGCAUAUCGUCCAAGCUGAUUACCCAGGUCGUGUGCUGUCUGGGUCCGGCUAAAACCAAACCAAGUCCUGCGACCCAGGCUCUGCUGGUGCGAUGGUUGAUUCUGGUUUACGAUUUCAUUGAAGAUAAAUCUCACCUGUCGAAGCUUUACGCGGUGUUAUUCAACUACCUCGACAUGAUGAGUCUCCGGAAACCCUUGUGCCACCUGCUUUCGUUUAUCACUCGGCGCAAGCAUGUCAAGCCUUUCAGGAUCCAAGCUCUCAUGGAGCUAGUCAGUGCUUCAGGUGGGGAGGAGAAAGAGCUUCUGAUUCUACUUAAUGUCUUUAAGAACUAUUGUCCCGAUGUCAUUGUUGGAGAUUUGGGGCUGUCCGGCAGAAAGGGAUCUUUCUUCAAGCAUCCAGACCCCGAAUGGACCGGUCAUGUCAGAGACAUUCAGGAUACGCACCUCGAAAGGCUGCAGGCGGCUCAGCCAACAUUCCAGGUGGUGCAUCGAGGAACAUCGAAGAGAAGUAAGAUGGAGAGCAUUGUUCCUGAUGUGCAGACCUCACGGGUGUCGUAUAGCCAUACUUCUCUCGAAGAGCUGCGUGGCAUUGAGCAUUUUGUGGAGAAAAUUGAUAAGAUUGAAUUGCCGAAUCAGAUCAUAUCUAUGCUAGGCAACAAUCUGGCACAGAAAUACCUAUUCCUCGUCCAUCCCGAGGCUGCGAAUCAUCGGCUGAACGAUUGGCUGAAGGCUUUCCUCGGCGAUCAGUUGGAAUAUGCGAGGACAAGCGAGGUGGAGGAGGCCGAUGCUCUGGGUUACAUCUUGACCCUGGCAGUCGAAUACGUGCAAUACACGAAGGAAAUUCCGGGUGCCUUCGUUUCAUUCUUGAAGCAAUACCUCCAUUCAUGGAACGGCAGGGACAACAAGGAGCAGAUACUUGGACUUCUCGAAUAUAUGCCCAUCGAGGACUUUGACAGUAUACACAGAGAUGUUUUGCUACCGGUAGAGAGCGCAAUGCUGGGUCGUGCGUUUUCCUCCAGAACAGCUCUACUUGACUUCUAUGCGUCCUUAAUCCGACAGUGGGGUAUUCGACUGAGGGCAAGCAGCUCCCACUCAGAAGAAUCAGUACCACUGGGUCGUCUGAUCACACACGCAGAACUGUUGGCCUCGUCGGCAUUGGAGUGUCUCACUACAGCGCAACCAUCCGCGGACGAUGGCAGUGACAGCGAGAAACCCGCUACAUUAUCGAUCUUGGACUUCUACUGCACCCUAGCCGAAUUGUUCUCGCACGCAUCCAUGAAUGCAAGUAUUCGAAUCACGGUCCCUCUUGCCCCUGCCGUCUAUACUCUCGUCUUCACACCGAUCAGCUCAGUCAUCUCCAUCAUGAGCUCGGUGCUUGCCAGCUACAAGUCGUCCUUCGAAUCAUCUCUCACUUCUCCGGUUCUCCAAGUCCCGAACCCCCCAGACUCCCUCUAUCCUACAGACCUAGUGGGUCAAUUCAACGGAUAUAUCAUGGAUGUCUGCAACUUAGUGUGGCGCAACCGAGGGCUUAACUCGGAAGACCCCAACGCAUUGGGCUGCCUGAUACCAGCCGCUACCGUCAGCGCACUUACGCGCUUUAUCCGGGAGUCGAAUGAGUAUGCAAGGAAACGUGACACCGCUUUCUCCUUCACGGUUUCCUCGAUUUUCUCACUGAGCCAUCAUGUCGCUUUGUGCAAUAUGUCCGCGGCUUGUUUCUCUGAUAUCGAAGACGAGAACAACAUUGGAGAGAACCAGCCUAAGCUAAAGAGACCGGUGACGCAGAAGGCGUUGAGUGCCCUCGAGAAGGAGGGUGGCACGAAAGUGACUUGGCAGGAGUACAGAGUUCGCAUGCUGGACUGGCUCGAUGCCACAGGAAGUGUUGGGAUUGGUAGUUUGAUGCGGAGUACCAUGAAGGCUUUGCGGAAAGAUUAGUCUUAGAAGUUAUGGAGUAGUGAU